CCUCUGUGUGCGGCUCGCUGUGGUACAAGGGUCAUCACGUGACCAGGAGGUACUGAGCUGGGAAGAUGGCAGGGUACCUGCAGCCGGAGGAUGUGCUGGAGGAUCCGGAAGGGAAGAAGCCUCAGGACCUGAGGAGUGUGCUGGUGACCAGCGUCCUGAACCUAGAGCCGUUGGAUAAAGAUCUGUUCAGAGGUUCUCAUCACUGGGUACCCGUCACAAAGAGACUGUUCGGUGGGCAGAUUGUCGGACAAGCUUUGGUGGCAGCUGCAAGUUCUGUACCCGAGGAAGAACAUGUCCACUCCUUACACUGCUACUUCGUACGAGCAGGGGACCCCGAUAUUCCAGUCUUGUACCAGGUGGAGAGGACAAGAGAUGGCCGAAGUUUCAGCGUUCGUUCUGUAAAAGCCAAACAGCAUGGCGUCUCAAUCCUGACGUGUCAGGCUUCCUUUCACCGCAGCCAGGAGAGCCCUUUAAAGCACCAGUUUGUGAUGCCAACCGUUCCCUCACCAGAAGAUCUGCUCACCCGAGAGGAACUCAUACUCAAAUACUUGAAGGAUCCCAAGCUGGUGGAAAAACAUAGACAAGGCCUGACCAAAAUUCUGGCACAGGAUGUUCCCAUUGAGAUCAAACCCGUUAAUCCACCCGACAUGUAUGAGCGGGUCCCACAGGAACCACGACAGAUGUUCUGGGUGCGAGCCAAGGGUGUUAUAGGUCCUGGAGACAUGAGAUUGCACUGCUGUGUGGCUGCGUAUAUUUCAGAUUACUCCUUUCUGGGAACAGCUCUCCUGCCUCACCUUAAUCUUCGCAUGGCAUUUAUGGCUUCUCUUGACCACUCCAUGUGGUUCCAUGCUCCGUUCAGGGCGGAUGACUGGAUGUUGUACGAGUGUGAAAGUCACUGGGCAGGUAACAGUCGUGGGCUAGUCCAUGGCCGCUUGUGGAGAAGAGAUGGUGUCCUAGCAGUCACGUGCGCCCAGGAAGGUGUAUUCCGUGUCAGAGAGGAUACUCCCAAAAGCAAACUAUGACCCAGAAGCUAUUGA